AUUCGAAGUUGAGGGACGCCGCGACGGUGUUGUAAAUUGAAUAUAUUUUACUCAAUCUAUCUUAACCCUUUAUCGACCAUGGCAUAUCCAGGUUUUGUUGAAAAUAUAGCUUCAUCUCUUGUUCGGGAGUAUUUAAGCCGAAAGGAGUGCAAGAAUGCAUUGAAAGUAAUGGACUCUGAGAUGCCAAGGACAGAGGGGAGUAUUGGUAACAGAUCUCAACUUGCUAAAGAGGUACACAUUGAGAAAAUCAUGAGGAAAAAUAAGGAUGCCACCGAGCCUUAUCGAUCCAUGAUUGAAGUCAUUGUAAAGUUUCUGAUAGAGAGAGGGUCAAACAGUAAGGACAACAGUGAGCGUAUCCCUGAGCAGCGAUCCUCCACGGAUCUAAGCUCACCAGAGAAGAAGAGCUCACCGGAGAAGAGGAGCUCACAAUCAUCAUCACGGGGGAAACAGAAGGAGAAGUCUGAACAGAAACAGCAGAGAGUGAAAUCUCCCAAAGCCAAGAACACUAGUCCUACUGAAUUCACGGGUCUACCUCAGUCAGAUGUCAGUCAAGGGUCAUUGGGUCGAGAACCCACGAUGGUGAUCACAAUGAAAGACCGACCCAACGUGAAGCCAACCGACCUCCAGCUUGCCAAAGAUCUCCAGACCAGUACUUCACAGAAAUCUGCUGGUUCCGAUGAGAGCAGAAGCAGGUUGAUCUCACCUUCCUCCUCUUCCUCCUCCUCCUCGUCUUUGACAAGGAAGAUGGACGACUCUGGAAAGAAGUCCUCUUCUCGGCCGGGCAGUGCUUCUAAGAGUAGAGGAUUGUCAGGUCCAAUUACAAGUAGUCUUGAUGCUGGUGAGAGAAGAAGAGGCCAUAAGAGUUCAAAGACACCUGCACUCUCCCUGACAGCAACAAGUAAGUCUGCGACCUUUGAACCUGAAGUAUCCUCCUCGGGUUUCGACCUUUCACCCCCCAAGAAGACGACGUCAUCUUCGAGUCGUGGCCUGCUCAAGAACUUUGGCUUUGACCUCUCACCAGAGAACACGUUAGGGUCAAUGGAGGCUCCUGGUCAGGCUUCGCAGGGAACGUCUCAAGGGUCAGGAAACGAAAAGACCAACGGACAUCCAUCUUCGUUGUCAUCGUCAUCAACAAAACCUGAUAGGUCUUCAAGGCACAGAAGAUCGUUUGAUGAUAACUCAGAUGUCAGUAGACCUGGAAGCAGAUCGGGAGGUAGCUCUAGAAAAGGGCCAUCUUUGGAUACGCCAUCAGUGAGCGGUCAGAAGAAAGAGGUAUCCACGCUGGGAGACCUAGAGAUGGGGGAUGUAGAUGAGCUUGAAGAUGAGCUCGGAGGCAUCCAACUUGGGACCUACACACCAAGCAGCAAGAAACCCAUCGAUUGCAGGGCAAUCACUCUACAACUAGCAAUGCAAUUAAAGACUCUUCUGUUUGGUCAAGGGACUGGAUGCUUUAAUGAUGAGUGGAGAUUACAGGGACUAUGUUUCAAUGAAUUAUCUGACAUCUCAUAUGGAAUAGUGCAACACAAGGGUGGUCCAUGUGGUCUGCUAGCUUCAGUUCAGGCAUGCAUGCUACAGAGACUGCUCUUUAGUGAAGGUAGCACCCCAAUGACUGCUGCCAAUUUGAAGCAGCUACCAGAAAAGACGAGAGUCAAAUGUCUGGUUCAGGCCAUCUGUGAUAUAGUGUGGAGAGCAGGACAGAAGAGGAAUGCCGUCAUUGCUUUACCAGCUAUUAAACCUCAUUUUCCAGGCGGAGGGCGGUAUAAGAAUGAUGGGCUCACAGAAAUGAUUAACUUGAAUCUGUUCCAGUCUAGAGAUGAGCUUGCAGACUUUGUCCAGGGAAACAUUGGUACAUACACAGAUAGCAGGGGAAGAGGGUGUAUUCUCCUUCUCUACUCCACCCUCUUCUCCAGAACCAUUGACAUGGUAAUGGAAGACAUGGACAAUAUUGAGAACACAUUACUUGGAGCUCAUGGAUACUGUACGCAGGAGAUGGUCAACCUGAUAGUGACCGGUAAAGCGAUGUCCAAUGUCUUCAAUGAUACGAUAGAGCUAGGUACGGGAAGGGACAUUACGAGGCUAAAGGGGUUGAGUGGUCGCUCAGAUAUCGGAUUUCUCUCUCUCUUUGAACACUACAAGUCAUGUCAGGUUGGAACUUACUACAAGACGCCUCGGUUCCCUAUCUGGGUUGUGUGCAGUGAGAGCCAUUUCAGUGUCCUGUUCUCUCUCAAGAAGGAGCUGAUUGGUGACUGGAGGAUGGAGAGACACUUUGAUCUCUAUUACUAUGAUGGACUUGCCAAGCAACAAGAGGAGAUUAGACUCACAGUCGACACUACUCAGACAUGUCCUCCUGCAGAUGGUGAUGAUCUAAUACCCCCACUGGAACACUGCAUCAGAACAAAAUGGCCAGAAGCUGUAGUUAAUUGGAAUGGAUCGGAACCCAUCUUAUGAUCAUCUUCAAGUCCUGGUCUUCUGGAGUCUUCAUCCGGAUAGUCUCGACUCAGAGCUGAAAAUCUAACAGAUAUAGUGCCACCUUUUUGGGGACACUGAGAAGGGACGACUGAGGAUAAAUGGCUCCUGUCCUUCAAAGUGAUACUAAACUGAUGAAGUUUUCCGCCCUAGGGUACUGUUUAUUGCACAGCACCGUCUUACGGUCAACUUGCCAACAGUGGGAAGCCUAAUACCUCAAUUCCACUUCGCAGACAGAGGACUCGAUGCGAGAACCAACAGCGCAGCUAAGGACGCAGCGAGUUGCGGGACCAUACUGC